CCGGCGUCGCAAUGCAACGAUCACAGCAGCGGCCUCCCCCUUCUUCGCGUAUAAUUAGCAGGCGCAGCGCGACGGGACAACGGCCGACGACGCCGAGGAAUAGACAAGCGGACACCCUGUCCUCUUCCUCCCUCCCACCUCGCCUUGCAUGCCGUCGCCCAUCAGCGUCGCCCCAAGGAUAUAGGCGUUGCGUGGCGUGUUCGCUCGCGCCCUGGGUUUUUGGCCGGAGGCGGCGGGGGAGGAUCUGAGCGCGGUCGCCGGAUACAGUUCCAGCCGCGGCCCAGGAAGGAGUCGGCAGGUUGACCUCGCCCCCGGCCGGCGCGGAACUCGGUCGCGGAGGAGGUCUAUCUGUGCGAUCUCUUUACAGAACUACAGAAUCUGUAGACUCUCAGUCAUCUGCUUCCUACAAAAUGUCAGUGCGGCGGCGCUCAACAAGCAUGGAAGGGCUGUUCACGCUUGAUGACAGGAAAGAACGGAGGUCCGAUGUGGAGAACUCAGAGGACGAGAGAAGGCGGCUAUCCAUUGGGUCACUGAAGAAAAAGGCACUGAAUGCAUCAAACAAGCUCACACAUUCACUUAAGAAGAGGGGAAAAAGAAAGGUGGAGCAUCGGGCCUCGUCCUUCACAAUCGAAGAUGUCAGGGACGAGCAAGAGGAGCGUGCUGUCUUUACCUUCCAACAAGAACUUUUGAACAGGAACUUGCUGCCUGACAAGCAUAAUGAUUAUCACUUGCUGCUGAGGUUUUUGAAGGCUAGAAAAUUUGACAUCGAGAAGGCAAUCCAAAUGUGGUCUGAGAUGCUCCAGUGGAGGAAAGAGUUUGGAGCGGAUACAAUACUAGAGGACUUCAAUUUUGAAGAGCUAGACGAGGUGCUAUGCUAUUAUCCUCAGGGCUACCAUGGAGUUGACAGGCAGGGAAGACCAGUAUACAUUGAAAGAUUGGGGAAAGUGGAACCAAACAAACUGAUGCACAUUACUACGGUUGACCGCUACAUGAAGUAUCAUGUGCAAGAAUUUGAGAAAGCCUUCAGGGACAGGUUUCCUGCGUGCUCUAUUGCAGCGAAAAGGCAUAUUGAUUCGACAACCACUAUACUAGAUGUUGAUGGCGUGGGUCUCAAGAACUUCAGCAAAACAGCAAGAGAUAUGUUAAGUAGAAUGCAGAAGAUUGACAGUGACUAUUAUCCUGAGACACUGCAUCAGAUGUUUGUUGUGAAUGCUGGUAGUGGUUUCAAGCUACUAUGGAACUCUGUGAAAGGCUUUCUUGACCCCAAAACUGCUUCAAAGAUACAUGUUUUGGGAACAAAGUUUCAGAACAGACUUCUUGAAGUAAUAGAUGCAAGCCAACUUCCUGAAUUUUUGGGUGGGACAUGCACCUGUGCUGCUGAGGGAGGAUGUCUCAGGUCUAACAAAGGUCCAUGGAAUGAUCCAAAUAUUAUGAAGUUUGCACAUAACAAGGAAGCAAAAUUUACAAGACAUACCAGGCGUUUAUCCGAGAUUGAGCAAAGGAGGAGUUCGUUUGCUAGGCUGCAUCUUUUGAAGGGUAGAAAUAGUGACACAUCAACUGUGGAGUCAGGAUCUGACAUUGAUGAUCUAGGUUCUCCGAUGAUGAGAAGCACAGUGGGGUGUAGUCGAUUGGCUCCAGUCCGUGAAGAGAUGCAGAUGAGAGGACGAGACUCUGCAGCUUAUUAUAGUUGCGAUGAUCACUUUGUUGUGGUGGACAAAACGGUUGACUAUGGUCGAGGAGGAUCAAUGUCAGAUAAAAGCAGAGCUUCAGAACCAAGAGCUAAAGUUCGGCCACUGGAUACCAGCACAGCAACACACAUGGCAGGUCCCUCAACUAAUAGACGAGGUACGGUAGUACCUAAAGAUGUUUUGGAUGAAGGAACAUUCCAUCGCUUCAUCAAAUUACUUCUGGCUUUGAUUGUCAAAGGCUUUGCCUUCUUCCACAUAGCAUAUGGUCAGCAGGAGACGACGGUCAACAACCCACUACCUCCAGCUGAACCGGAACCCGUGUCUGAUGAUUAUCCAGCAGUAGAGACUUUCAGUGUAGACCACAUCAGUCCUAUCAUAGAGCGCCUUCAGAGGCUCGAAGGGAAGGUUGAUGAACUUGGCAGCAAGCCCCCAGAGAUUCCCCUGGAGAAAGAACGAUCUCUGUUGGAGUCAUGGGAUAGAAUAAAAUGUAUCGAGUCUGAUCUGGAGCGAACAAAGAAGGUGUUGCAAGCUACGGUGAUGAAGCAACUGGAAAUUGCGGAAUCACUAGAGGAAGUGAUUAGGUCAAAUCUAAGGAGGCGGAGAUUCUGUGCAUAAUAAGCAAUCACGGCUUCUGAAUGAACGACAUACUUCAUCAGGGGAUUGAGAGUUGAGGGUACAUGUCGCGAAGGAAGUGCAUGAGAAUUCGAUCGGGUGAGGUGAAGACCGUGCAUUGUGGUUUUCACCUUAUUGGCACAAAGGAUGAUGACUGCAGAUAGUAAUCAAAAGAGGCCUGUCCAUUUUUCAUGUUAAAAGAGAAGAUGUUAGGAUGGAUGGCAACGGUUAGAAAGGUAGAAAUGUGGAAAAUAGGUGGUACAGAUAUGAGACAGUGUGCCUGAACAAAUGUGUCACAUGCACGUUUGUGUUCUUUGCCAAAGAAUGGUGCUGUGUUAUAAACUUGUAGAAAUUAAAGAAAAUGCUCUUCCAUCAGAGAUUGAGAAGGGGCUAACUGCAACUGUCACUUUGCUCUCUUUUGAGUGCAUUAGUUGCUACUUAACCUUACCGACUCUGGCUGCUGCGAUGAAUUGUGUUCUAUAGCAGAAUGAUGUUUGCAUAGAUGGAUCAGAAGUUGCAGGAGCA